GCUUGGCUCAGCCCCAGUGCACUACCUCACUGGAUAUCACCACACUCAAGACAACAUAAACAGAAGAGUCUACUCACCAUCCAACUACCUGUCACAUCAGGCCAAGCCUCAUCUGACCCUGCCACUCAUCCCCUCGGCCUGGAAAAAACAAAACAAAUAGCAAUAUAAAAAAGAAGAAGAAGAAGAAGCAGCAAAAGUAACUGAUUGCAGGACCCAGCAAGGAGAAGAAGAAGUCUAAGUUUUGGUGCUUGAUUCUGGUGAAAAUGAUCGUGUGGGCAGCCUUGCUGAUGUCUCAUUGUUGUUUGGGUCUGAAUGGAGCUGCAGAAGAAAACUCAGGACUGGAGAGAAUAGAGAAAUGUGGUACCAGGUGUUCUCAGGGCCUUGACUGCAAAACCAAGCCCGACAAUUGGUUUCCUCCUCCGUGUCAGGACCCCGCUGAAGGUCUCAACCCGUCCUCUGUGUUCCACAACAUCAGCCUCUCCACAGUCUUGAGUUGUGAAGGGAGGCAGAAGUGCUCCUUACGCCUCAGAAUCAAAACCACAUUACAACUCACUAAGUCCAUACAUGGUGUGUCCAUCUGCACCGCCACCGCAGGGAUGAUGGUCAACUGCCAAAUGUUCACCUUCAAAAGAGCGUCAAGAAAAAGAAUGUCUGGAAAGCAGGUAAUAGUUGAGAAUGAUUGCACCGACAUUUCUCCAAGCCAAUAUGUGCAAGUGACAGUGAAAACUGUGCCGAACUACUGUGAUGUGACCUGGAAAGGAACUUAUGACGCUCCAGAAUGCACCAAUGAAGAUUUGCGAAAUAAUGUCCCAGAAUGCAUCACUGGUAGGAUAUCAUAUGAUGUAAACCCAGAGAGGAAGGAGCUGAGUGUCACUGUGUCAAACAUGCUGGAAGAUCACGACUACCACCUCCGUCUGUGCCAUAAGGAUUUCAUCUGCGUUGGCACAGGGGCCAACACACUGAUAAAGAAGGGGGAACCCGUAAAGAACGCCACCCUCCCAUACUCCCGACCUUUGCCCUGUCUCUGCAUUGAGGGUUGGUCAACUGUGAUGGAUGCUCCGAGAGUCCAGGUCUGCCCCUUUAAAGACCGUCUCGAGGACCUGUGGUCUGGCAUUAACUUUGACCCACUGGAGGAGACUCUAUCAUGGAAGCCCGUCUGUCCAGUGACUGCUGUGGUUGUGUUGUGUCAGAAAAGAGAGGACGGUGUCUGUGUGGAUUUGCCUCAUGCCUACCAAAAUGUCAGCAGAGAAAAGAUAUCAUUUUCUAAAGUGGAUCCACACCCUCAGCUGUGCAUGAAGUUCACUGCAGGCUCUCAGUCCUGGAUCAGGUGUCCCUUUGUUAAUGCCAGAUUCCAAGCAUGGGAGAUGAUUGUGACAAGACAACAAGGUCAGGAGGACAUCGAGAUGUUGUCACAGAUCACUGCAACGUUUUCUGUGGGGCUGUGUGCAAAGUCCGAAGCCUCUACUGUGUGUGACACACACACCAUGCAUGUGACAAAACACAAAGCUGUUGGCUUAAACUUGACAGGGGAAUUAUGCAACUCUUGUCUCCAGGUGAAGAGGCUCGAUGUAAAGUUUUCUGCCACGGUCAUUCACUGUCUUGAGCAAUCCAAUCAAUCAUCGCUCCCCAGAGCUGUCCUCUCCAGUCGAGCCUCUUGGGACUUAUCUUGGGUUGUUGUACCUGCUGGUGUUUGCCUCUCUGGCAUCAUCAUAAACACUCUGCUGCUCCACGUACUGUUAACCGUGUAUCAGAGGAAGAAACAAAAAAGAAAUGGAGGCUGUAUCUCUGAAAAACAAACGGAUCCGGACUGUGUGGUCCCUGUGUUACAAACUCAACCUGUUCUCCACGGAGGGGUACUCAUACCUGAUUCCCCACAGUGUGGGAACACCGAGAAGGCCAACCUAAUUUCUGACUGACCAAAUAACGGUGCUCCGGUCAAAGCAUUACAUGUAAUGUGCAGUAUAAAACUGUAAAGUUGUUACACAAACCAUAAGAGUUCUCUGUUGAAUGCAGUGUAUAAUAUUGGGACAGAUAUUUUAAAUGUUAUACAGUAUAUGUUGCUGUAUGUCUGCUCUGUAGUAUG